AUGAUAUGUGGGUAUGAAUCUUAAUACUAAAAUUUGAGAAAUAUUGAAUACAUGAUGCAUUUACACCUUGGCUGUGGAAAUAUUGAGGUGUAGACACAUUACUUGAAGCCAUCAAUAACUUUUCAACAACACAAAGAAAAGCUUAAGAAUAUCAAAAUUCUUGACUCUAUUGAAGCUUAACCUCCAUUUUAUUAAGAAUUUUAUGAUUAAAAUGGAGCAUCACUAAACGUUAACUAGAUCCUAGACAUCCCACUAUGCGACACUAAGAUGAUAGUGGAAAUAUGCUUAUUAGAUGAAUAUAAUGCCCUAGAAUCACUCAACUUUACUUUAGACUUUGAGGAUGAAGUUUGCUACGUAACAGAGAAAAUGCAACUUUCAGAAACUCUAAAGUAUGAUGCCGUUUAAUGUGCACUUAGUGAUUUUCAUUAAUGUCAUCUAAAUUCUAUCAAUUCCUGCAAAUUUAUUGAUUGCCUGACCACCCUAGACACAGACACUGGUGAAAUGAGUUCUUCUUAUCUAUUUUCCACAUGCAUUCCAAUCUAGUUUACCUCAAGGUUGAUUCAAUCAAUUUGCAAAGAUGUAGCAUCAGGAAAUGAUUUUGUAGAUUACUCCUAGAACUUUAUCUCAUAGGAAAUGAAAUCUUGGAAAUUUAAUCACAUGCAUUAUUUCCUAAUUGCAAUUGUUGUAGUUAUAAUAAUAUUAGUUCUGGUCUGCACUUUAAGUUGCUAUUAUCAUUAUCAGAUACUUAGAACUCAUAAAGUUCCUUUUAAAAUGCCAAAAUGCUGUCCAGAAUGCCUAUUCCCUCAUACACAUUAUAAGAGGAUGAUAGACCAUGAAAGCUUACUUGGUCAAGAGCUAGAGUCAUAAGCCGAAAAAUCUGAUAUGAUAAGUGUUAGCUUUAGCCAUAUUGGUGGCAAAGAAGAGGGCGACAAAGAGAAUGAAAGUCAUUAUUCUGAUAGAGAAUAGGUCUUUGUAGAUGAAAUUAAUAAGAUUAAUGAAGAGGUUGAAGUGAUAAAUUAAAAUUAAAAUCUGCAUAAAACAGGCAAAAUUUCCAGUCAAAAAGAUAUGAUAAAGGGAUAGUUAGGAGAAAAUAUGAAGAAAGAAUUUAAUGUGAAAAAGAAAAGAUCAAAGGCAAAUAUGGACAUGCAUUUGUGA